CCCUCCUUUGUCCUUUGUCCUUUUGCUUUUGCUUUUGCUUUUCUUCUCUCUCUCCUUCUCCUCUUCUUCUUCGUUGUCUCUGUCUCUGCUGGGGCUCUGUGAAUGUCUUGCUGGCUCCUAGCUUACAGAAGGAGCCUGUCUGUCGCUACGAAUUCUGCCUCUGCUGCCGCUUCUACCACUCCUCCUCCUGUUACCAGCGCGUUACCUCCGUCUCUGCCCCCUGCCGUAUCACGCGCACCUUCCCUUACUCGAGGCUCCUUGCGAACUACUACCUUGGGUAGGAGUCGAGCUCCGUUGGCGCAUUGGCGACGACUAACCCCGACACUGGUGCAGUGGUCAUUAGCCGCCACAGGAGUACCCGCUUUCAGCCUCACCAGUCGCACGCCCGCCCGGUCGAUCUAUUCGCGAGGACAUUCGCAGUUUACUUCUCCGAUCUUUCGUGGGGUCUCCCGCGCCGAUAACAUGGACAUGAAUGGGGAAGCAGGCGCAAAACGCAAACGCAGCUCGAUCGCCGCUCCCGCUGAGCGGCCGGUGAAACACCUCAAACCUGAGAACACUGCGUUAACACCUGGAGACACCACGCCAGCCAACGGAACUGUCUACGAUGUUGAGGAUCAGGAGGAUUCCAGUCCGUUGAUGGCCAUCGGGCCUACACAGGCUGAUUCGCCGGAGUGGCAGGCGACGAUUGAGGAAGUUGUCAAGAGUGUUGUGUCUAUCCAUUUUUGUCAGACUUGUUCGUUCGAUACGGAGCUCUCUAUGAGUAGUCAGGCUACGGGUUUUGUGGUGGAUGCGGAGCGUGGAUAUAUCCUAACAAAUCGGCAUGUUGUCUGUCCGGGCCCGUUUUGGGGGUACUGUAUCUUUGAUAACCACGAAGAGUGCGAUGUUCGCCCUGUGUAUCGAGACCCCGUCCACGAUUUCGGUAUCCUAAAAUUCGAUCCUAACGCGAUCCGCUACAUGAAACUGACGGAGCUUAAGCUUCACCCAGACGCAGCUCGUGUGGGCUCAGAGAUUCGGGUUGUGGGUAAUGAUGCAGGAGAAAAAUUGAGCAUCUUGUCCGGUGUCAUCAGUCGACUUGAUAGGAACGCUCCUGAGUAUGGUGAAGGUUAUAGUGAUUUUAACACGAAUUACAUCCAAGCUGCGGCCGCAGCGAGCGGUGGAAGCUCUGGUAGUCCUGUAGUCAAUAUUGAUGGUCAUGCCAUUGCUCUGCAGGCCGGUGGUCGUGCAGACGGGGCUGCAACCGAUUACUUCCUCCCCCUGGAUCGCCCACUGCGUGCGCUGGAAUGCAUUCGCAGGGGGGAACCUGUCACCAGAGGUACUAUCCAGACCCAGUGGAUUCUGAAACCCUUCGAUGAGUGUCGCCGUUUGGGUUUGACUCCUGAGUGGGAGGCCGCAGUCCGCAAGGCUGCCCCCAGCGAGACUAGUAUGCUGGUCGCUGAAAUCAUUUUGCCCGAGGGACCCGCCGAUGGAAAGCUUCAGGAAGGAGACGUGCUCUUGCAGGUGAACGGAGAGCUCCUCACGCAGUUUAUCCGCUUGGAUGACAUUCUGGAUUCCAAUGUUGGCCAGACCGUGAGACUGCUGGUGCAGAGAGGCGGUCAGAAUGUGGAGAUCGAGUGCCAGGUUGGCGACCUGCAUGCCAUCACGCCCGAUCGCUUUGUCACAGUGGCUGGUGGAACAUUUCAUAAUCUGUCCUACCAGCAGGCCCGCCUCUAUGCCAUUGCCACCAAGGGUGUUUACGUGUGCGAAGCAGCCGGCUCCUUCAAACUCGAGAACACCCUAUCAGGAUGGUUGAUUGAUUCGGUCAACAAGCGGAAGACCCGCGAUCUGGACGAGUUUGUCGAGGUGAUGAGGACGAUCCCCGAUCGCUCUAGAGUUGUGAUUUCAUAUCGUCAUAUUCGUGACCUCCACACCCGAGGUACUAGUAUUGUCUACAUCGACCGACACUGGCACCCCAAGAUGCGACUCGCAGUUCGGAAUGACAACACUGGCCUCUGGGACUUUUCUGACCUUGCGGACCCAGUCGCAGCCGUCCCUCCUGUGCCGAGGAAGGCUGACUUCAUCCAGCUGGAUGGAGUCUCCCAGCCAGCUGCUGCUGAGAUAGUGCGCAGCUUCGUCCGGGUAUCCUGCACGAUGCCUUUGAAGCUUGAUGGAUAUCCACAGGCCAAGAAGACGGGCUUCGGGUUGGUAAUCGACGCAGAGAAAGGUUUGGUGGUGGUUUCGCGUGCUAUCGUCCCGUACAACCUCUGUGACAUCAACAUCACCGUCGCUGACUCGAUUAUCGUUUCUGCCAAAGUUAUAUUCCUUCAUCCAUUGCAAAACUACUGCAUUGUUCAAUAUGACCCCACCCUUGUGCAGGCACCAGUUCAGAGCGCAAAGCUCAAUUCCGAGUACAUCAAACAAGGGCAGGAUACGAUUUUUGUUGGUUUCAACCAGAACUUCCGUAUUGUGGUGGCCAGGACUGCGGUGACAGACAUUACCACGGUCUCGAUUCCGGCCAAUACUUCUGCGCCCCGCUAUCGAGCGAUCAACUUGGAUGCGGUCACAGUGGACACGGGUUUGAGUGGCCAGUGCUCGAACGGUGUCCUCGUUGGCGAAGACGGCGUUGUACACGCGUUGUGGCUGAACUACCUCGGCGAACGUACGCCCAACUCACACAAGGAUGUUGAGUAUCAUCUCGGAUUCGCUACGCCUGCACUGUUGCCAGUUGUUUCAAAGAUUCAACAGGGGGUUAUUCCCAAGUUGCGCAUUUUGAACAUGGAGAGCUACGUGGUGCAGAUGAGCCAGGCUCGUAUCAUGGGGGUCUCAGAGGAGUGGAUUCAGAAGGUGACCCAGGCUAACCCGUCCCGACACCAACUCUUCAUGGUUCGCAAGGUCGACUGUCCUCCAGCGGGGUUCGCAUCGACGGCCGACGACUUCCAGGAGGGUGAUAUUAUCCUCACCCUAGACGGGCAGCUCAUCACUCGUGUCUCUGAGUUGGAUAUUAUGUAUGAAAAGGAGAUUCUGGAGGCUCUUAUUGUCCGAAAUGGGGAGGAAAUGCGGAUCCAAGUGCCGACAGUGCCGACAGAGGAUCUAGAGACCGACCGGGCAGUUGUUUUCUGUGGCGCGGUACUGCAGAAGCCGCACCACGCCGUCCGGCAACAGAUCUCUAAGCUUCACAGCGAGAUCUACGUCAGCGCACGGAGCCGAGGAUCCCCGGCCUAUCAGUACGGUCUCUCGCCCACUAACUUCAUCACGGCGGUCAACGGGGUUCCAACGCCUACCCUCGACCGCUUUGUGGAGGAAGUCAGCAAAAUCCCGGACAACACAUACUUCCGACUCCGCGCCGUGACGUUCGACAACGUUCCCUGGGUUGUGACUAUGAAGAAAAACGACCACUAUUUCCCCAUGUCUGAAUAUGUUAAGGAUGAUGCGCAACCAUCGGGGUGGCGGACGAUCUCGCACGACAAGAACCAGAGGGAUGGAAUCGCGGCGGAUGUGGCCAAUCUUAACCCAGACGCCAUGGACGAGGGUUUCGAGGGAGGAAGUGAUAUGGAGCCGGAAGCACAUGUAUAGUGAAGAUAGAUAUAUGUAUGUGGCUGUAUAUUCUAGAGCGUGAUAGCUACACCCAGCAGACUUCACCAAGGGGGUAUCAGCAAUAUAUUAUAGACCAGCUUCUCUCGUUCAUCCGCUCCAAUCCUUUCCACACCCUACAAUCCACCACUACCUAGGUCGUUGAAUAGAUUCAUGACAUCUAUCGGGUACGCUCGGUUGUAACUUCUGCAGAACAUGCACCAUCCUCUGCGCAGAGUUUAAGACGACGAUUGGAGAGAUACGGUAAGUACAUCUGAUGUGAUCUGGCCCAUGCGGGAUGCAAUGACAGCGCAAUUGCGGGGCCUGAUGCAUCCUCGAUUCAUUCUGUUGUAUCCUCGGUUUACGAGGUCCCGGCGGGGUCCCGGCGUCUAGUUAUUGGCGGGGUUGAUGAUUGCUUGAAGUGCUGUAUAUUAAGAACCCAUCUGCUGUUUUGUUUUGGGUGUAUAUCUAAGUCC